GGAACACCACCUUCAGUUUGCAGCGUGAGGAAGCCUGUCAUGUGUUGUACGUAGUGAGGGAGGGAUGGGAAGACAGGGAGAGGGAUGAGGAGUGAAGGAGAGACUCAAACCACCCUGCAAUGUCUAAACUGAAGGGAGGAAGCAUGGACGUGGUCAACUGUCAGCCCCUCCUCGAUCGCCUGACUCUGGCCCUCGUCAAGACCGGGGUCAUCAGCGACCUGGCCAAGCGUAAGACUCAGCUGGACAAGAUAAAGUUCUGUCUGGGCGUUGAGUUGUCGUACCGGGAUGUUAAGAUUAAUGUGAGGGAUGAAAUUCAGACGCUGCUGGAGGCUCUCUACGACCAGUGUGAAGACCACGGGAAGUCUGAGCCACUGGCCCUGAAGGCAAAGACCCAGGGCUCCAAGGCCUAUAUGAAGAAGAGGGACACGGAGGCGCUGCGCUGCUUCACGGAGAGCAUUUGCUUGGCCCCGGCAGAGUCCAUCGUGCUGCCCCUCGCCUAUGCCAACCGGUCCGCUGCACUUUACCAGAUGCACAAAUACAAGGAAGCCUUGCAAGACAUAACGUGGGCCGAGGAGAGUGGUUACCCCAUAGCUCUGAGACACAAGCUCCUGGUCCGCCGCUGUCGUGCUCACCUCAUGCUGGGUGACGUCAAUAAGGCCGGGGAGAGCUUGGAGGCCUGCAUCACCCACUUGUCUUCUGUCCCUGUGGAGGCCAAAGAGAAGUUUGAAGCAGAAAUUGCUGAGCUGAAACAGAAGAUAGAGAACCACGUCAGCAGCGGCAGCAGUGACCCAGCCGACGCCGAGGACACUCUGCAGCAGCCACACCUCUGGAAGGGAGAGAACGAGCAAGUCAAGUACAUGACCAGCGCGUUUGAGAUGAGGGGCAGCGAGAAGUACGGCCGCCACAUCAUUGCCACGGAGGAGGUCAGCAAGGGGUCGGAGGUGUUCGUGGAGGAGCCGUACGCAGCGAUCCUCCUCCCUGAGCACCACAACACACACUGCCACACCUGCUUCUCAAAGGUCACCAAUGCAUUCCCAUGCGAUGGCUGCCGCGACACAAUCUUCUGCAACGAGGCGUGUCGGGAGGCAGGCCGGGCGUGGCACCAGUAUGAGUGUGGCAUCCUGCACAUCCUGUCGUCCGUUGGCAUCGCUCAUCUGGCCCUGCGCGUCCUGCUCGUCAGUGGCUGGAAGCUGCACUGUGAUAUCAGGGGUGAGGCUGUGGAAGGGAGGUUGGCCGGCGUGGGGGCACAUGGGACGUUCAACGGGCCAGACCACCGGGACAGGUACAGGGCAGUCUACCAUCUGCUGCCGCACCUCAGCAACUGCCUUCUGGAGGAUCAGCUUCAGUACUGCCUGGCAGCUAUUCUUUUGGCAUCGGCAAUCACAGACAAGACCCACUUCACCAAGGACAGCCUGAACGAGUGUGGGGAGAAGGCAGACCUGGACGUGCCCCAGCUGGCCGCAGCGGUGAUGAGGCACAUCGCCCAGCUGGUGUCCAACGCCCACGCCAUCACACAGCUCACGACCUCGGACUGUGUAAUUCUCUUCACAGGAGCAAAGAGCCGCAUGGAGCAGAUCAAGCAGAUCAGGGUCGCGUCCGCCAUCUACCCGACAGCCAGCAUGAUGAACCACUCCUGCAAGCCUAACAUCAUCAACAGCUUCUACAAGGACGUGUUGGUGAUUCGGGCAAUAGAGGACAUCAAGCCGGGGGACCAAGUCAGCAACUGCUACGGUCCCCACUACUGCCGGCAGACUCGGGAGGAGCGUCAGGAGGCCCUCAAACAGCAGUACUUCUUCACCUGCAAGUGUGCCCCGUGCACCCAGCCGGAGUACAUGAGGAGGGAGGCCAGCUGGAGUGGCUUCUACUGCGAGGGCUGCGGCGGCGUGUCCUCAUGGAUGGGCAGCGACGACCCGAGUGACGGUGGUGACGACGGCGGCGAUGCUGAGGAGGGGCGGGGCGUGCUGCUCUGCCUCCAGUGCCACAAGCUGCAGCAGCCCUCCACACACCUCACCUACACAUGCUCCAAGGUCAACUCCCUCCAUGAAGCAGGGGAGGAGGCCAUGAAGAAGGGGAACAUAUCAGAAGCUGUCAGCCUCCUCCGAAAUGCUGUCGAGGAAGGCUCCAAAGUCUACCUGCCUGAGAACCAGUAUUUUGUGCGUGUCCGGGAUACCUUGGCUCGGGCGCUGGGGGAGAGCGGCGAGUACGAGAGCUGUUGUCUGGAGCUACAAGAGUGCAUGCAGAUGAUGGAGAAACACUAUGGCCCUGAGAGUAUUGAGUUGGCGCAUGAGUUUCUAAAGUACUCGGAAGUGUUGCAGCUGGCGGCCGUUACCAAUCCAAGGUUUGGAGAGGAGGCAAAGACGGUUAACAAGAGGUUGAAUGACAUCUUUACCCUCAACUAUGGACCACAGUGGAAAGUGUACCUGGGAUCUGCCUUUGUGGAGUGAAUAUUAAGCCUGUUGUAAGGUCUCUGUAGUCACCCCUGAAAAUUCCUGUCGCUGAGGUUAGCGAAGAGAAGGAAGGUCAUGUGUGUGGUUUGUCAGAACCAGGGAAAGCAAACACAACAAUUGUAUCUUACUAAUUUUAUUCUGGAGUCCAUUGAAGGAUAUUGUGAAGCGUAAGGUGACUUUAUUAUAGUAUUUAGAGGCAUUUUGAAGGUUAUGUGGUUUGCUAUCAGAGCCAGGAAAUGUGGACGCAAACAAUAGUAUUUUGAUUUUAUUCAGGACACUGUCGGAGGGUUUUAUGAAGCUCAGGGUGAAUGUUGGUGAAGAUAAAGGUAUUACAAUAAAUAUUUAGAGGUAUUUAGAAGGUUAUGGGGUUUGUUAUAAGAGCCAGGGAACACAAAUGUAAAAGAUGGUAUCAUUUUGAUUAUAAUGUGGAUACUGUUAGAGAAUUUUAUGAAGCUUAGGGUGAAUGUCAGUGUGUUGAAGGUGAAUGUAAUAUAAUAUGUAUGUAGAGGUAUUUAGAAGGUUAUGGGGUUUGUUAUCAGACCCAGGGAACACAAACGCAAAGAACGGUACCAUUUUAAUUUAAUUCUGGAUAUCAUUGGAGGAUUCUUUGAAGCUUAGCUAUGUAAGUGAGGGGUGUUGAAGGUGUAUGUAUGACAGUACAGUAAACCCUCAAUAUAACGGACUGACUAGGGGGAACUUAGUCCGUUAAUGCCGAAAGUCCGUUAUAAGCGCCAAAAUAAAUAAAAACGUAAAAUAAUACCAGCAAACCUAAUAAACGUAGGUAUGUAUUUUUUUAUUGUGUAUGUUGUGUGCAUGUUGUCUGUAUUGCUGCAUAGCACACUUGGCGAUGGACUGUGAGGCACUGAGGCUGCCAGGUUGGCAGUGGGGCCCUGUGAAGGGGGGCGUAUUGUUACGGGUAUGGGUAAAAUUUUACAAGUGAGCCCAUUUUGCAAUGGUAGACGAAACUUUUUUUUGUGUGUGUGUGUGUGGUUGGGGGUGGGGUUAGUUUUCAUGGUGUUAUGAAAUAAUCUGAUAACUAUUUAUGUCACAAAUCAUUAAAUGAUUGGCUUUUCAAUGCCUGUUGUACACCCACUGCAGCCCUCAGCUGCAGCCGCAAAAUAACUCGCAGAGAGAGAUGUUCAACUUGCUUACUGUUUCUACACACCAAGUGCCAAAUAAAUUUACUAACAAAACAUAACUUAACCUAACCUACCUAACUGGGGACUUCGCCCUCCUUGACCCUAUAAGCUGUGUCAGUACCGACACUCAAAAACACUUGGCUAUUUUCCAUUACAGUUACGUCCUGAAUUGAUGCAUAAGACUUUCAUUUAGUGUAAAUACAUUCUUCAAUUGAAUGGAAACCAUGAAGAGGAAAAUAUUUUGCCUGGUGAGCUGAAAAAGAACACAGUAGUCGAAGGAUGGGACAGCAGAUAAAGGGAGGAGGGCAAGGUGGCUAGCAGACGCUGUUGUAGUUACCGGGCGCGGUUGGUUCAAAAACAAUUCUCAGUCGGUCCCCCUUGGAUUUCUGAGCCUCUGACCUUGUCUGUUACAUCCAAAAUCCAUUAUAAGCUGGUCCGUUAUAUUGAGGGUUUACUGCAUUUAAAAGGUUAUGUGAUUCGUUGUCAGAGUCAGGGAACACAAACACAAACGCAACAACCAUUUUAUUUCUAUUCUGGAUACCGAUGAAGGAUUAUACAAAGCUCAGGGUGAAUGUUGAUGUUGAUGAAUGUAUUAUAGUAUUUGGAGGUACUUAGAAGGUUAUGGGGUUUGUUAUAAGAGCCAAGGAACACAGACGCAAAGAACUGCACCAUUGUAAUUUAAUUAUGGAUGCCAUUGAAGGAUUGUUGUUGUGUGAAUGUUGAUGGUUGAGGUAGAUGUGUUAUUCAUUUAUUUAUUUAUUAUUAUUUUUUUUUUUUUUUACGUUGUUGCCUAUUGCGCCGGUAGGCAUCUUCCCGGUGGGGCCUGAUGGUCGGCCCAAGGCUUCUUCCAGGUGGGGCCUGAUGGUCGGCCCAGCCCGUUCUGGCGCAGGCGAGCGUUUAUAGUGGCGCCAUCUUGCAUUGGCUCAUGCUGCCCCCCGGAACUCGUACUUGAUUCGUUUGGACGGCUUCCUCUAGAGUCCGGGUUGACGGGUGGUCUUCAGGACAGCAUGUGGGUAGUUUUAAGCCACUCGGCGGUGACCGAAAAAUCCGAAUGGUAGCGUGAGGAUUCGAACCCGCGUCGUCCAUCACGCGGCGAAUGUGGGUCCAGUACGCUAUCACUUCGGCCACCGCCUACCCAAAUGAUAUUUAGAGUUACCAAUAUCAGCUCUGCCUCAGACCACCAGUGUACAAGUGUGGGUUUUAGUACCCGCUGAGAACAGCUAAUCAAAAACAAGUGUAUAACAGUAUGUAGCAGUGUAUAACAAUGCAUAACAGACCCAAAGUUCAUGUUGUAAAUAUUCAUAAAACCUCUCUGCUUCUUUUGGCAAAUCUUAGCAGCUCUGAAGGGUCAUGAUUCAUCAGUGGCCAGAUUCUGAGCUCUUUCUUGCAUUGAUAUACCAAUUUUAUUUAACCGUUGCCCAUAGUGGGGGUAGGCUCUCUUUAGGGGCCUGUUCGACAACCCCAGUCCAUUAUUGGCACAGGCAAAUUUUAUUCAUAGUGGCUGCCAUGAUACAUGACUCUUGCUUGGCCAUUGCUGGCCCUGCUGUUCUUCCUGAAUGAAAUCACUGAAUUUUGUGUUGAUUGAAGAUCUGGGCAGUAUGUGGGUAGUCUUCAAUCACUCAGCAAUGGUUGAAAGUUGUCAGCAUCUUGCAGUAGAGCUCACACAUAGGACCUUGGGAUUAUCAUGCCCGCACACUGACCACUCGGCCGCCGCCUCCCCUCAAAAGCAAAUAGCAGCUUUGUAAUUUUUUCACCUUCAUUUAAGUCCACACACUUCACUUACAAUUGCUUUUCUCUGGACAUUUUUAUGCUCUGCUUCUACCAACAGAAAAUUUAUUUCAGAAGUAGCAGGAUCUGGCUGAUUGUUAGUUGGAACUGAUUUCAAGGGAAUGGCCAAGGAAGAAAUAACUUUUAUUAUGGACAUAAAAAUAAAAGCCUUGAGGGCUGCUGCAAGUCUCUAAAAGUGGCAUUGGGGCUGUAUGGAUAUGGGCCUUGUUAGCUUGUUUGUUAUCUACCAGUUAAUGUUUAGCAAGAGUUACUUUAUGUAUGCUUAGGACUUGUAUGCGUGUGUGUGUGUGUGUGUGUGCAUGCAGGUGUGAGAAAAAGAGAGAGAGAGAGAGAGAGAGAGAGAGAGAGAGAGAGAGAGAGAGAGAGAGAGAGAGAUUCACCUCCAUGGUUGAGUGGUUAGCAUGCCUAGCUACAAAUCUGCUGGCCAGGGUUCUAAUCCCAGUCUGGGCAGUCUGUGUGCAGCUCACCCAGCUGUUCAUCAUCCCUUUCCAGCUUGGCAAUAAAAUGUGUACUUGAGUAAAUUGGAGAAAGAUAAACUGUGGUAAUGCGGAUGUCACACUGGCGCUGUCUCAAGGUAAUGUGUUCUUACCCACCACAGGCUCAAGGGCCAAUGCAACAGUGUUGAGCACCGCAGCCAAGCGCAGCUAUAGUGUGUGCUCCCAACUUUACCUUUCAACUCAUAAUUAUUUCUGUAGCUGUUUAUGUGAUGCUGAAGGCAGUUAGACAAAUAUAUAUCAUGGUUACCUUUUCA